AUGGCCAUGUCCGUAUACAAAGGUCAGAUUCCUUUCCGUGCCAAAGGUCAAACUACAUGUAUUCACCACAGGAACAGACUACUGGAUUUUUACUGCGAAAAAUGCCAAGAACUAGCUUGUACUAAGUGUCUAUCUUCUAUUCAUAUGAGUCAUACAGUAUGCGACCUUAGUGAAAUUACUCCUCAAAACAAACAAGACAUCCUAAAGUUCAUAGACAAAUUUGAGAACAUUGACCUUGUACAAAUUAGCCAGUAUAUCACCUCUACUGACUCACAACUAAAGAAGAAUCUCAGCCGUUUUGAAAAACUUUCAAUCGAAUUGCGGACACAAACAAACAAAUUAAAAGAAGAUCUUGACCGGUUAACAGCUCGGACUCUGCCUCUCUAUCAACAAAUGGAGGAAGAUAACACCAAGUUAUUACAAACCUACCAACAGAACCUGGAAAUAUACAGUACUCAACUAAAACAACAAGUACAAGAAUGUAAGAUAGCACUUCAGCGUGGCUCUGACAUACAAAUCUACGACACAGGGUGUGAGAUUCAAUCGUCAGUCACUCUCCCCGUAAAACCUACCCUGGGUACCGCUAGCUUCAGUCCGAACCAAACUCCCCAGGUUCACCUGAAAAAAGCUUUUGGAGAAGUCAAAACAUCAGUUCAAUGUCAGGGUCAGGCCUUACAAGGUCAUGAUCUGUCAGUUGAAUCAUCUGCUGCACAAGGAUCAUCUCCUUCACAACAGAACCCUACAAGAAGAAAGGAAAUGACAAGUCCAUUAUAUACCCUGUUGCAUGAGACCAAGGUGUUGGGGAAGUGGAAGCCUCAAAGUUUCAUUACUUCUGUAUGUCCCACCACUGAUGGUCAGGUGUGGACCAGUGAUUCUAACGAUGGUACCUUAUCUCUCCUGGACAGGAAAAGCACAGUAAUACAUGAGGUUACACACAAUACUAGAAUUACAGACAUAAGUAUGUCACCUACAACCAACAAACUGUGGGUCUGUGACUGGGAAAACAACAUCACAGAGCUCAUGCCAGGACGACUAGUAUUACGAUUCAGCACCAGGGAGACACCACUCUGUAUCUGUGUUACAGCCAGUAACCAUGUUAUUGUAGGGAUGGCCAAACAAAUCUCAAAAUUCACCUCAAAAGGUACAUUUGUACAUCAGCUGAAGGUACAGGGAGGUCUUUAA